GCGAACUAUUUAAGCUAACAGAUAGCCUCAGAAAAAUUCAGUGCCUUACGAGGUUUCGACAAAAGCGGAUCCAUGGUGGUAAUUUUAUCACAGAGAACAGAUGUACAACUUAAAUGGGAAAGUUGUGUAAAAACCGUUACGAACUAUUUAAAUUUGAUUUGUGAAGCAUCCGCUAGAGGCGCCACUGUUGACCCCGGUUCGACCAAUUUGACAGAUGUUUUUGACUGUUAUCGUCUGUAAACGUCAAAGCCAAAGUAGAAGCAAAAAGAAGACUGAGUUUAAAAAUGGGCCGUAGGUGUGAAUUUGCGGGUUGUAGGAACGUUUCCGGCCUGUUCCCAGAGCGAAGAACUUAUCAUGGCUUUCCGAAGGAUGCUGCUCUGUAAGCAUUCUUGAAGAUAGCGGAAACAUCACAUUUCUGAAUGAUUUUUUUAUGAUUUUAAUUUUAUCUUUUUCAACAGCUGUCGCCGGUGGGUGGCCAACUGUGGGAAUCCGGAAGUUGACGCUGUGUUUCAAAAGUUUGGACAGACCGGUUUGAAACAGUGAAAAGUUUGUUCAUACCACUUUUCGGAAAUAAAUAAAGUGCGAGAAAAAACGAUUCAUCAAAUAAUUUUCGAACAACAAAUUUAGACCGGUUCCAGCUGCUGUGCCAAGGUCUCGAAUCCAGGUAGCCAGCGGCCAGGUUUUGUCAAACGAUGACUGCAGGAGUGGCGAAUCGCGUGGGAUACCUACUUCGGUCAACUGGGCCGAGCACGAGACCGUCGACCCGAGGAAACUCGACGUGCCCGACAAACCUAGUUUUCCUCCACAAAUUCGUCACCUUGAAAGCGACAGAUCAAGCGGUGUCCGCGGCGAUGAUCAAGGAUCAAGUGGUGUAUGCCACGAACAAGAUCUGCUUACAGAGACGGACCAGAUGGUCAGCUGGACCUAUCUGCCCCAUAACACCAACGAGUCGAUCGGAAUGCCAGAUUAGAUCAUCGAGCUCGAGCUGCUCGAAUCAUCCGACGACGCUCCCACACAUCAUCUAAACCAGGUCCUCGAGAACGGCGAACCAAGCAACUCCCUGGAAGUCAGCACCCACGAGUCGAUCGGACAGCCAGAUGAGAUCAAACCUACCCGCCUAAAGUUGACCAAUGAACUCUGUUUUUUAUUUGUAACCCUAGAUUUUAAUCAGCAAUGAAGCUUGUUCUUUAAUAAAACACAAAGGAUUAAAAACACACAAUGACUCAGCUUUUUAAAAUUCUAUUUUCUAGAUGCUUCAAAAGUACAUAUCUCUUGCUUCAUUUUGGGUGGUGAAAGGUUGGAGAUGGUUUACCGCACUCUCCGAGAAGUUCCGGUUGAUUUCAGAAGCGAAAUCGUUCGCUGCCAAUUUCGCAGCCCUUCGCUUAAAGUUGUUGCUGAUGAACUCGUCAUGGUCCUGCCUUGAAAUCCCUUCGUCUUAUGCAGGUUUGCCGAUGUGGAACUUGUUUUUCAUGUCGAACAGCUAACUAUACGGUUCAAACACUCGCUGGAUCCAUCUAUCAAGAAUUUGAGCGCAUGAUUCAACGUUACGAUGAAGAUGUUGUCAAAACUUUAAUGCCGUUGCUAGUUAACGUAUUAGAAUGCUUAGAUGCAGCUUACCAAACUAAUCAAGAACAAGAUGUAGAAUUGGAGUUACUUCGAGAGGACAACGAACAACUAGUAACACAAUAUGAAAGGGAAAAAAAUGCAAGAAAGCAGUCAGAACAAAAGCUGCUGGAAACCGAAGAUUUGGCCGAACAAGAAAACAAAGAACUAGCAUCUCGCCUGGAGUCAAUAGAAAGUAUAGUUCGUAUGCUUGAAUUAAAGCAUAAAAAUAGUACAGAUCAUGCAGCACGUUUGGAAGAACGAGAAAAUGAGCUUAAAAAGGAGUAUAGUAAGCUACACGAACGGUAUACAGAAUUAUUUAAAACACAUGUAGACUACAUGGAACGCGCCAAAAUUAUGAUGGGCAAUUCUACUCAUUCUCAAAUCAGUGGGAAUACUGAUCAGUUUGAACUUCAUAAAUCCAGGUUACUUGCGACAGCUAGAUCAUCGGGCCCAGUUUCAUAUGGGUUUACUUCACUUGAAAAUUCGGCGAUACUAGAUUCCGACGCUAUUUGCAGUGAAGGUAGCAGCUCUGAAUCUGGACCACCAUCCCUUCACAAUGAGCUAAGUUUACCAAACCCUAUUGAAAAGAUCAUUGAUGAAGAUAGUAAGCAACAAGCUAACAUUUCAAAGAAUGAUGAAAAUAAAAAAAGGCCUUCUGGUUUAGUAGUUGGAAAAACAACAACUAAAAAAGAACAAAGAUCAGGAAAUACACUUUACCAAGAAGUCUCUUUUCAAGAUGAAAAUGCAGAUAAUGAUGAUACUGAAAUAACAGGAGCGUGGGUGCAUCCUGGCGAUUAUGCUUCUUCAGGUAAAUUUUGCAUGAUUUUUUCCUUUAACUUUAUGUGACACUACCAUAAGAUACCAUAGAUUGCCGUAAUAAUGCAUUUUUUUUUUGAUAACCCGAGCAGAUGGAAAUAAAAGCGAGUUGUGGCGCUAUAACCACGGCAAGUAGUGUCCAGGGCAUUUGUGGGAAUACAGUGUCCCAUCCCUAGAGGGUCCCGGAGCAACAAAACUUCUUAGCAUGGUGUCGAUAAAUUCCCUAAACAAACAGGAACGUGAGCGAGGGAUCCCCAUUUUUGAAAUUUAUGAAAUUAAAUAUGUCUUAAAUGAACUUUUAUUAUAAUAAUUACAUUUCAUUUACAUUCUAAGUAGUAUGGCUAAAUGCUCUUCAUCUUUAUUGUAUUUUUCUUUUUAUUAUUAACUGUUCACAUUCAUUCAUACUUCAAAUUGUUUUACAUUUUUGCAUUGAAUCGAAUACAUUUGGCUAAAAAAGAAAAAAAUCACUUUAACAACUAAUCCUAACUUAAAACUUAAAAAAAAAGUUAAUAUAUUGAAAUAUUCCAAAUCAUUAGAACGAGUAAACUACAAACUGUAUUUUAAGAUAAAUCCUCCAAGCGUUCUUACUUGUUCCGCACGAGUUUUGCAACCACGCAGUGUUGUUGUCAUCUCGAUGAAAAUGUUCAGAAGUCCUUGUGGUUAAAACAGGUCACUACUGCCUUCAUCCGUUAAUGCUGGUUGGUUUUCCCACGGUUGCUGACUGAAGCCUGGAGGUGUUGUUUUCUCUGCAGCUUUUUGCCGCUGAUUCAACGGCAAUGGCUGCAGAUUUGGAACCACUCGAGCAGAUACCGCUCCGGGCGACGCCAAAGCAGGAAAAUCCACGUCCGUGAAAGCUGGUGGUGUCUUACGACGAUUUGGUUGGUGCCUCGUCUUCUCUUGCUGCCGAAUUUUUACAAACUCAGCCCGUUUUGAGCAGCUCCGAUUCUUGGUCGAAUGGUCGCCGCCGCGAUUGAAGCAUUUAGCUUCGAUGUUCUCCUCUGCACGUUGCACAACAACUCUUGAUGAAACAGUUCCUUCCACCAUGUCCAAACUGCAAGCAGUUCGAACAUUGCGUCACGUCACGGUGCACUGGACGAUAACGUUCCCAAGUCACGAUGUUGUUGAAAUUUGCCCGAACUGCUUUCAGCCAGGAACCAGGUACAGUUGAUCACGAUAUUUGAUGUCCUUGUUGUGUCUCGUCAUCUUGAAGACUUCGAUCGCGUUCAACUUAAGAGUUUUGAGCUCUUCUUUCAGCACACCCACAUCCAUGUCGUACAGGCCACGGAGGACCUGUUUCAUGGGUCGUUUACCUGGAUCGUCAUGGCUGUAGUAUUCGAUCUUUGUGUUGUUCAAAAAAUCACAAAAAUGAGUGGCAACUUUUCCCGUCGUUCAAAUUCUUCCUUCUCGCUCACGUCCACAGGGAGGGUAGCGAACUGGUUUCCAGACGAAUUUUGAGCGUCCUUGCUCAAACUUCCUGGCUUUGCAGGUAGCACAUCAGCAUUCUUUAACUUCUUCAAAUCUGCCGAUCCUGUUGGUGAGGACCGCCUCUUUUUCUUGCCGUGAGGAAUUUUUGGCACUUUUUAGCACUUAUUUGGUGUUUGAGGGACGCACGUCUGACUCGCUGCUCUUCUAAUCACAGGCUGAGGGGGAUCCCCACGUUUCUUCCUCCCCUGUAGAUUCAGAAAUGUGUUAUUGUUUGAACAUUCGUGCUCAAACUCAAUCCAAUUCAACGAAUCAUCUUUCGGUAAACUUUAUGCAGUUUGCCUGGCUGGUUUAACGUUUGUGAUGUUUCAAAGCAAUUUAUUGCAUCGGGGCACUGCAAUUGUUAAUAAUGACAAGAGGAUCAAAUCAAAUCAAACCAUCCACAUUAACGACCCCGGGUCUUUUGUGGUCUCUAUUGCAAGUUUUCUGCUCGAAACUAGGAGUCCGAAGGCUUGAAUGGGGAGAGCACUCAAACCUCUUUCUACUCCAAGGAACCUUCCACCCCAGUGUUUGAACUGACGACCUUCGGAUUUCGAGUCCAACCGCCGCCAUCGAUUCCACCGGAGUAGGCUUGGUUUGGUGUGUUGUUUGUACUUAAGGCAUGGAGACGACUCCUACACCUGGAAUGACUUAACGGCCUAACAACCAAGGCCGGGACCGACAUUUUACUUCCUCAUCCGAUGGAAGGUUGGAGCAGAUGGGAAUCGAACCAAGAAUCAUUCGCUUACAAAGCGGACAGCGUAACCAUUCGGCCACGCACUGCCACAAUGACAAGAGGAUGCUAGGCGUUAAUCAACCUAAGGCCUUUUCCAGGAUGCCCUCGAAAGACUGGUUGUGCUAGGGUUAGAUUAGAUUAGAUUAACCCGACAAAUGGAAAUGACAUGGGAAUAACAUUUUUGCAAUUCCGUCCUGAAAAUUCGUACUAGGGUGGCUCGACAUGAUCGAUUUUUCAGAACAGGCAUUUUCCGGUUCCAGUUAGGCCCCCAACCAGCCUCCCAAAAUUUGGGAGCGAUUGGUUUUGAAACGGCUUUCCGCAAAGCGAUUAAAAUUUGUAUAGAAAUUUGUAUAGGAAAUCCCUUUUUUUACAUUUUGAUUUUUAUAAUUUUCAUUUUUCAUUCAAUUCAAAAACUAACACCGUAGAAGUAUAGUUGUAAAUGUCCUCUGAAACUUUCCCGAAGAAAAUAUGUUCCUAUCCCGGUGCGCCGCCGAGCGGUUAGGCCUUGCGCAUAUGAGGACGUAAUAUCUCCUCCUACAUUUUAUACGGGAGAUUACUUAAUUUCAAAAUCAAAAUCAAAUUAUUCGCUCUACAGCAUUGCCUUGGCGUUCUCGAUUGCGAGAUUCCUACUCGAAACUAGGUGUUCGAAGGCUUGAUUGUUGAGGCAAUUGCAAACCUCUUUUUACACCUAUGCUUCCAUCCACCCCGGGAUUCGAACUGACGACCUUUAAAUUGUUAGUCCAACUGCCUACAAGCGACUCCACCGAGACAGGACCCCCAUCUACUCGCAGUAUGUUUCAAAUACGACACUGCACAGUGUUCGGAAUGGCAAAAUUAAGUGGAAUAAAUUGAUAACUCCUUUAUUUGACGUCCUAGCCAAAUGGUGUCUUCGGAAGAGUUGUUGUACUUGAUAAGGGCUAUCUUUUGAAGUUAUUGACAUAAAGGGUGACGACCUUCCAGGGUGUCAACCAAAAACUAACAUUGUUGGAUGACGUUGUAGGGCUUUGGUGUCUUCGGCAAAGUUGUAGAGGAGAAAAUUUCAUGGAAGUUUGUCGAAGGCGCCAAAUUUGUAGCUCUUAAUCUACUCGAAUUACGCCAUUUUUACAAAAAUGGUCAAAAAAAAGCGCUUUUUUGGUGAUAACUCAAAAUGUUAGCAUUUUAGCGGCCUAUAGGCACGGAUAGAAAUCCUGUCCGGGAAAUCGACAACAUUGUUCUCGAUUCGUUCUGAAAUUCGUUUCAGAAUGUUGUCGACCAGUCGUCCGGUAACAUUUGCAACAAAAUCGAGAACAAUGUUGUCGAUUUUGAGUCGUCACGGUUGGUGACGCAAAACAAAAAGCACGCAGCCAUCCCGAACGAAGGGUUGUGGUUUAAUCGGCGUUUGAAUUGACCGUUGGAUAUUUCUUUUGGUUCAGUAAAACAGUUGAUUCGUUUUUUUUAUUUAUUGAGGUAAAAAAUACAUUAAAAAAACUAAUCAUUGUGUGUGUGUGUGUUUGAAAUAAGGGAAUGAAAGAAAUUAGUGUUUUGACAAUCAAGAAAAAUGGGAAUCUGGGGAUUAAAGAAUUUGAAGUUUUUGAGAAUUUGGGAUAUUCUGAAUCUGGGAAUCCCGAAUCCAAAUUAGGGAAUUUGUGGUUUUAGGAACUUGGUAUUAUGUUAUGUUAGAAAUUUGGGAACAUCGGAAUUAGAAAAUUUAGGAAUUCAAGAACCUGAUAAUGUGGUAUUUAGAGAUCUAGGAAUAUAAGAAUUAUAGGAUUUGGGAAUUGGCGAAUCUGGAAAACUGGGAAUUUGGUAAUCUGAAAAUUGGGAUUUUGGGAAUUGGACAAUCUGCAAAUUUGGGAAUCAUAAAAAAGUGGAAAUUGGGAAUAAUUGAUUUUAGGAAAUUAUGAAUUUGUAAUUUUAGAAAUUUGGGAAUUGGGGAACUCAGGAAUUUUGAGAAUCGGGGAUUUUUAAAAUUAGGGGAUUAUGAAAUUUUGGAAUCUGGGAAUUAGGUAUUUUGGGAAUCUGUUAAUAUGAGUAUUUCGAAAACAAGUAAUUUAUGGAUAUGAGAUUUUAGGAACAUGGCAAUUUGGAAUUUUUUGGAAGUGGAGUUUUUGGGGACUUUGAAAUCUCAGGGAAGAGGAAAUUUAUUAAAUUUGGGAUGUAAGGAAUUUGAACAUUUUCAAAUUUGAGAAUCCAGAAAUUCGGGAUUAUUGGAUAUUUGAGAAAAUGGAAUUUGAGAAUUUAGAAAAUAGGGUUUUUGGAAUCUGGCAUUUGGGGAUUGAGGUUUUUGAGAAUUAGAGAUUUUUGGAUUUAUGGAAAUUUGUAAAAAAAAAGAAAACUGGAAAUUUAUUUAGGAAAAUCUAUAAUAUGGGAUUUCAUGCAUUUUGGAAUUUUAAAUUUAAGAAUUUCAGUGCUAGGCAGUUCCUGGAAGUCCGGCACUCAUUAUAUCGGUCGACGGCAGCUGUAGCACCGAGUACCGAGAAGAGAUCGCCCUGGUCCGAUACAACUUCCGGCGCGCCGACUUCGAGAGUUUGUCCCGCGCCCUACGUGGUAUCGAGUGGAGCAGCGUUCUGGAUCCUGUAGACAUUGAUUUAGCAGUCGACACGUACACAUCUAUUCUGGGCAGACUGAUUGAACAGUUUGUGCCGAAGAUUCGGAAGGUGGUUUCCCAUCACCUUCCCUGGCAAACCCAAGAACUUCGCCUCCUCAAGACCCAGAAAAGAGCUGCCUUUAAGGUUUCCAACGGAUCUGUACACUUACGCGACUACUAUCUUCGGAUUAAUCACAGCUAUCAACGAUUGAGUCGCAGGUGCUUUGCAAACUACCAGCGCAAAAUGGAGAAGAAAUUGAAAACCGACCCGAAGAAAUUCUGGAAAUUCGUCAACGAGAGCCGUAGAGAAUCUGGAUUGCCGACUUCAAUGCGGUUGGCUGACGAAGAAGGAGAUGAUGCAGACAAAAUUUGCCAGCUUUUCGUGAAGAAGUUUGCCGGUGUAUUCUGUGCGGAGCCUAUUACUGAUGAGGAAGUUCGAUCCGCCGCAGAAAACGUUCCACGUCGGGAUGAACUACUGGCUUCGAUCGAGAUUGAUGAAGGUACCAUACAAGCCGCUGCAGCCAAACUAAAACACUCUUGCUCACCAGGACCGGACGGGAUACCGUCUACCCUGCUGAAACGUUGCUCCUCCAGCCUAUCGGCACCACUUUUACACCUGUUUCGUCUUUCGUUGAGCUCCCCGAGCAUGGGUAAAUAACAAGGGAAAUGCGUAAUAAUACCUUUCUCUGGUAUCAAUACCAAAUUUUGGUAUUCCUGGACCCUUUAAAAAUUUUCUUAAGGAUUAUGCAAGAGCAAAAUGUGGUAUCAUACCAAUUUAAGGUAUUGUUUUGAUAUUGCAAAAUUGCAGCAUUUGUCAAUGGUCGAACACCACAUUUUGGUAUUCUUUUGGUAUUACAGUAUUUUAUCAAAUUCCUCUGAAACUAUGGGAAAAUUUUGACUAAUUUUGACAAAAUAAUUAAUUUUGCGCUAAAAUGAUGUAUCAAAGCAAAUGCCUUCAUUGAAAACCGGAAAUUAUAAACUUGAUUUUAAGCAUUUUUUAUAUACCCCCUAAAGAAAUUACUUGAAAUUCUGAAAAAUUUUCUAAGUCAUGAUGGCACAUUUUGGUAUUAUUUUGGUAUUAAAGUGUUUCAUCAAAUUCCUCUGAAACUAUGGGAAAAUUUUGACCAAUUUUGACAAAAUAAUUAAUUUUGCGCUAAAAUGAUGUAUCAAAGCAAAUGCUUUAAUUGAAAACCGGAAAUUUCAAACUUGAUUUUAAACAUUUUUGAUAUACCCCCUACAGAAAUGACUUGAAAUUGUGGAAAAUUUUCUAAGUCAUGAUGGCACAUUUUGGUAUUAUUUUGGUAUUAAAGUGUUUUAUCAAAUUCCUCUGAAACUAUGGGAAAAUUUUGACCAAUUUUGACAAAAUAAUUAAUUUUGCGCUAAAAUGAUGUCUCAAAGCGAAUGCUUUCAUUGAAAACCGGAAAUUUCAAACUUGAUUUCAAACAUUUUUGAUAUACCCCCUAAAGAAAUAACUUGAAACUGUGGAAAAUUUUCUAAGUCAGGAUGCCACAUUUUGGUAUUAUUUUGGUAUUGAAAGGUUUCAUCAAAUUCCUCUGAAACUAUGGGAUUUUUUUUUAUGAAUUUUAAUGAGAUAAUUAAUUUUGCGCUAAAAUGACUUGAAACCCAAAAAUGUUAAAGCUGAUUUUAAUUUUUUUUAUAUACCCGCUAAGAUUUUUUUUAAAACGUUGAAAUUUCUCUAAGUUGGGAUAACCAAAUACUUUGAAAAACGAGUUAAUCGACAGAUUAUUGAAUUUUGGUGAAUUUCAAUCCAGUUUCAUUUAAUAAUACUUAUUUUUCAAUCUUUUUAUUUUCAGAAGCUUCAGGAACUUCAAGAACAGGCCGUUCAUCAAUGACAAAUGCAUUCGAUGUGGUGAAGGAUAUCACUUAGAACAACAUGGAAUCAUCAGGUGAGUAGAUUUGGCUGUUGCAUAUGGAUCAUUUCCGUUUUUUCACUAACUGCAACUGCUGCACUAAAAAUGGUAUGAAAAUACCAAAUUUUGGUAUUACUUCUGCAAAUACCAGCGACCAAAAUGUGCUCUUGGUUGCCCAGUAAUAGAUGGUAAAAUACCAUGAAAUCAUAUCAAAAUCUUGUAUGUGGAAGAUCACAGGAAUACCAAAAUAUGACUUUCCAAGGGCGCGGGAAUACCUAAAAUUAAAACCAUGGCAAUACCAAGUUUUGGUAUUCAAGCAAUGUUCAAAAAUCCAGAAGAUCUCAAGUUGGUAUUGAAAUGAUUUUAUUUUGUGGUAUUAUUUUACCUUUGGAAUAACAUGGUUUGGUAUUGUUGUGCCCUUCCACAUACAAGAUUUUGGUAUGAUUUCAUGGUAUUUUACCAUCUAUUACUGGGCAACCAAGAGCACAUUUUGGUCGCUGUUAUUUGCCCAAGCAAUACCAAAAUUUGGUAUUCCCGUGUUAUUUACCCCUGAUCGGGUCUGGAAAGUUCCCUGUUGCCUGGAAGCAAGCUUACAUGUUUCCAGUGCACAAAAAAGGCGAUCGAACUAACGUGGAGAACUACCGUGGGAUUUCCGCCUUGUGUGCCACCUCAAAGUUGCUGGAAUUGGUUGUGAUAGAUCCGGUUUUCUCGCAUUGCCGCCAAGACCUUGCUGAUGAACAACACGGGUUCUUUCCUAAGCGAUCAACAGCAACCAAUCUCCUCUGCUUCACCGAAUCGAUCAUCAACAGCUUCGACGCCCACUCUCAAACCGAUGCCAUCUACAGAGAUCUGUCAGCCGCCUUCGACAAAAUUAACCAUCGCAUCGCUGUUGCUAAGCUUGAGAGAUUGGGUUUCCGAGGAAGCCUAUUGGCCUGGUUCAAGUCUUAUCUAACGGGACGUUCGCUGAGGGUGAGAAUCGGAGACGCACUUUCCGAUAUCAUCGACGCCACAUCGGGUAUCGCGCAAGGAAGCCACCUCGGUCCGGUGGUAUUCCUGUUUUACUUUAACGACGUUAAUUACACCGUCACUGGACCUCGCCUCGUUUACGCGGAUGACCUCAAGCUUUUUGCUCGAAUUGACAACUCGAACGACGCCGAAGCAUUGCAGCGCGAUCUUGACAGGUUUGCUGGUUGGUGCGAUGUGAACCGCAUGAUCCUCAACCCUGGAAAAUGCCAAUCGAUCACGUUCAGUCGGAGACACUUCCCAGUAACCUUCGACUACCGUAUUAAUGAUACUUCUGUCAAACGGGUCACUCACGUGAAGGAUUUGGGAGUCAUCUUGGACACGCAACUCACUUUCAAGCAACAUCUGUCAUACAUAAUCGCCAAAGCCUCCCGACAACUACACGGAAAGAAGGUUUAUCGUGAAUCUUACUAAAUUUCGGUUAAAAAUCCUAAAAAAAAUGGUUGUUUUUUCAACCACCAAUUUUUUUAGCUGGAAAUCCUAAAAAUAAAUCCUGGAUUUGACAGCUGGAUCCAGGUCCUAAAAAUGAUAAAUCCAGCUAAUUUUUUAGUAAAUUUUACUAAUUUGCAAGCUGGAAAAAUGCUGUCAGUCUCAAAAGCUGUAUGUUUUAAGAAGGUCUGUUAGCUAUUUUAGCUAGAUUUUAUGGUAUUCUAGGAAGUUUUAUAGUUAGCCCAGCAAGUUUUUAGGCUGUUUCAGCUAGUUUUUUUGGAAUCAUUCUCAAAAUUUUCCAUUGAUGGCUGUGAAGCCAGGUAUUUUCACACAUCUUUUUAGCUAGUUUAGCUAACUUUGCCACUAUUCUUGGUAGGUGUUUUGGUUGGAAUAGCUAAUUUUUCCACUAUUUCUACAAGUUUUCUUUCAAAAGCCUCCGUUGCUGCCUGCAAAGCACGCAUUAUUCACCCAGCCUUUUGGC